AGCUCUUGAUCAGACUCACUGCACCACCCGAAUUCUAGGCACCUUUGACUACUUGGAUCUGGAGUAUUUCCAGUCGAGUCAGUUCACAGAAUAGAGCGACGUCUAUAGCUUUGGCGUGGUUAUGGUUGAGCUUUUAACGGGAGAGAAAGCCGUGACAGCAACUAGAGCUGUGGAAGGAUGGGGUUUAGCCUCACAUUUCUUGCACUCGAUGGAGGAAAACGUGUUGUUUCAGAUACUCGAUGCAAGGGUCCUCAAAGAAGGCAAGAGGGAUGAAAUCAUGGCUGUAGCUCCGCUUGCUAGAAGAUGUCUGAAUUUGAAUGGGAAGAAAAGGCCAACAAUGAAGGAAGUUGCAGCAGAGUUGGAAGCAACCAGAAAGGUGGAAGAAUGCUCUUAUGUUGAAGAUAGAGAUGGUGGGAGCAGAGAGUUUCAUUCUCUUUCUAUUGAGCUUCCUGAGUCUAUCAGCUUCUCUUCCAUCACUCCGUUUUCGCCAGAAGCUGAGUAUCCAUUUCUUGGUCAGUGAACCCUGUAUAGAUGAAGGACUACUUUCUUCAUCGGCUUUGCUUGGACUACUGUUUUUCUAACAUCCUUUUUUGUUUUGCCAUUCAAGAGUUUGUAUUGAUCUUAGAUCGUUGCAAAAAUUAUGUCAUGUAUUCGGUUUGUAUGUGAUACAUGUUCGUU